CCAUUUUUAUAUUAAAGUUUUUAUUAUUCGGUGAAACAUCGCCCCCUAACUGCGUGUGGAAUAAACCGGAACCGGAUGUGAGGUUUGAAAGACAUCAGCGCUACGACCGCGUUGGAUGCCUGGUCGACACAGAAAUGAGUUGUGAGAACGUGAAGUUGUUUGUGGGGAAUCUUCCUAUAGACGCAACUCAGGACGAAAUAAAUAAGCUUUUUUCUCCAUAUGGAGAGAUAAACACGUGCUCGUUGCUUAGACAGUAUGCCUUCGUAACCCUGAAAGGAGAAGGGGCAGCAGACAGGGCCAUACGACACCUUGAUGGUAAAGAGUAUCGAGGCAGACCCUUGGUGGUAGAAGAGUCACGCGCCCGCCCACCCAACUCAACAAAAAUAUUUGUUGGAAACCUCAGUGCAACAUGUUCAGCAGAUGAUUUGCAUGGGCUCUUCUCAACCUUUGGAAGAGUUUUAGAUUGUGAUAAAGUCAAAGCAAGAUUAUGUUCAAAUGUCGGCUAUGCAUUUGUGCAUAUGGAGAGGAAAGAGGAGGCCCAGGCAGCAAUCGAUGCACUCAAUGGGACCAUGUUCAAGGGUCGUCAGUUGGCUGUGGAGCUGUCCAAAGCCCAACCUUUGGUAAACCAAAUGUCAGGAAAUUCAGCCAACUCUGCAGGUGACAGAGAAGGUCUUCUUCCUAGACCCCCUCCUUCAUUAGAGCAUCAUCAGAGUCAGGCAGCUGUGCUAGCUGCAGCUGCUGCUGCAGCUGCCGGGCUACCCAUACAAGUUCAACAAAGUGUCCAUAAUUCAUUUUACAACACAACGUCCUUUGAUCCCACAUAUGCCGCUCUGCGAGGCAUCACGAGCUCCAAAGGUGCAGAUGGGGUCAUAUACGGCGCUCUCGCCAGCCAGGUGUAUGGAUCUGUAGCUGACCAGGUGUACCAAGAACUGGCAAAUCACACCCCUGCAUCAGUGGAAGAGGUAGAACCACAGGCUGCACCCGAUCCAACCACUCUGUUUGAAGCAGCAAGAGCCAAGUUUUUUCAAGAAGGGCAAAAGGUACUAGCAGAGCAGCAGGCAGGCCGAAAACAAGCAGCCUCUGAGAACGAGCGGGACCGCAGCCCGAUAAGAGG